AUGAUGAUCCGCGCCGGACGCGACAACCGCGACAUCAUGCAGUGCGUGCAGUGUUCGCUGAACACGGUGAAGGCGAUCCGGAGUGAGCUGGGAGAAAACAGCGACGACGACGAAGCGGUGGCAGCACGAAAACCACAUUCCCAGCGGCGGGAUUGCGUGCGGACCGGCGCUUUCCUGGCUGACCUCCAGGCGCGCGUGAUGGAAAAUCCGGGGAUCGGAAUUCGGCCGUUGGCACGUCAGAUGGGGGUGGCACCAUCCACGAUGAAAUUGGCCCUGAAUGACACCAAGAAGGCUGACGGUGCCGAGGCGAAGAAACCAAAGGCCGCCGCAGCGGAUGGUGCGAAGCAGGCCGCCAAGAAGCCAGCAGCGCCGAAGAAGGCCGCCAAGAAGCCGGCCGCUCCGAAGAAGGCCGCUGCGCCGAAGAAAGCCGCAGCCCCCAAGAAGGCAGCAGCCAAGAAGUAA